AUGGGCAAAGACCUUAAAGAUGUCAAAAAUGUUAUUGAAUUUCCUGACAGUACUGUAAAUGUUAACUUGAAAUUCGACGAAAAAGACAUGCGGCUUCUCGACGAGUCGGAGGGGAGCGAGACUUCACACAUAUCCAUAACGCCAGGUUUGGCCGCCAAGUUCAGACCAACGAUAUAUGUGCUCAUCUCCUUCGGAUUGCUAUUAAAUCUCCUGAACGCGCUCGCCCAGUUGCAGCCGUUUCUCGGUGGUUUCCUUUCCUUGGUUUUAAUGAUAUUUCUCUACGAGUGGCAACGAAUGCAUGGCUCCAAGCUAACGAAGAACUCGCGGGCCUCUUUUGACUAUGCAAAACUACUAGCGUUAGACAAAAACUAUAUUCCAUUUUAUACCUUGGAGUUCUUACUUGGCGAAAGGUAUAAGGGAUAUGUUUUACCGUGUACUGGAGGUGCAGAUGACGAAAGGACUCCGAAUGAGUAA